CAAAUGGAAAGCGCCAGCGAGUGUUGAUUAUCAUCGUGGCCGUAACUUCCCGGGCGCGAUUACACCGUGUCCCGUUCUUUUGGCGGUAUCAGCGCUGAUCAAUCAUUCAAUGGACCCAAAUAGUCUACAAAAUUUUCUUGAGAUUUGAAUAUUUAUUAAAGAUCUCUGGAAAAAAAGGAUCGUCAAGAAUGACAUUAUUGUCAGGAGUGUGCUUGCUCGUGAUUUAGUUAGAAAAUAGUGAAAACAAAGAGAUUUUGCAAUUUGUAUUUGACCAUCUGAUUUUGCAGUGGGAAACGUCAAGAAAAAAAAAACAUGGCUGAGACAACUGUGCUCCGCAAUAUUUCUUCGAGUACAUCGCAUGCAUCUGGAAGACUAAUGUUGCCAUAUUUACCAACAGAACCUCCAAGAUUUAAUCCUCGUGCACUUUCUUAUUCCAUGGCCCUUCAAAGUGCUCCUUACACGGCUCUCCGAGGUGUUGUCGUCGAUGGAAGGCAACCACCACGGCAUCCCGAGUCUCCACGCUACAGGAUAAGGAAGCAGGUCGGAGGGACCAACAGGUGGAGGCUCCCGGAGUCACUCGGAGGUGAUCUUCUGGGAACUUCUCAAGCCAUUCGAUCCAUCAACGAACCCUAUAACAAGAACACUAUUGCUAUUCUAUCAGCUGACAACCCUGCAACUACGACCAACCGCGAUCCGGAUCGUCCCUAUCAGUUCCAUUCCACAGAGGGCCAUGAUAAGCCGAUGACAGCCCCUCAGUUUGCGAGUGAGAGCUGGUACAACCAGAGAGGGCCCAGUCCACAGCCUCCCGCCACCGCCCCGGUCCAUGGGAAGAAAACAACACAACCCCCUGCUCCAAUAGAGAAGUUCCGACCGAUGUCUGCCAGGUCUCCCACGCCUGUCGAUAUCUUUCACUAUCAUUCUGCUCCCGUGCACAGUCUGCUCGGGCCUGACAUCUUGCUUCAGUGUCUGGAUACAAAUUGGGAGUUGCACCGUCCAUACAUCCGCAAGGCAUCGACCCUGACACAGUUGCUACAGAAAGCUAUUGAUAAACCACAUGAAGAACUCUAUUAUAGAGAUCCCAUGUCUGCAACCGUAGACCAGUACAUCAGCAAAAGUCAGUUUUACAGCUCUGAAUAUCAGAAGAUUAGCAGAGAACAGAGUACCCGACAGGCCCCCCCAGACAACGUCAAACAGACCUCCAAGAAAGACAUCAACCACCCAGCACACGUCGUAGCCGCUAGAACUAGUAACAUGGUGAAACUCAAGCUGAAGAUCAAAGAUCCAAUGGUCUCCAAGGAAGCUUUUGCCAUCGCCCUUGGUAACCUAUACCAUGAAGGUGUUGACCCGGAGAGGACCGAUGUGGUUGGGGUUCUAGCAUCUGCACACGCCUUGGGAUUCUCAGACCUGGAACGGAGAUGUGCUGAUAUUAUGAUGGAUGACAUACAGUCAAGUACAGUUUGUAAAUAUCAUCAGGCAGCACUCAAGUACAAGAUUGGUCAGGUUGUGAAUGCCUGUGAGCGUUGGUUAGAACUCAAUCUUGUUCCACAGUUGUCUGUUCAGAUUCAGCUAAGGCAGUUACCCAUAGAACUUCUUCAGAAGAUAAUCAAAUCAAGCAGGUUCUUUACGUUCAAUGAAUACUAUGUGUAUAAGACACUGUGUUACUGGAUCUUCCUUCAGGAGAAUGAUCAUCUUCAGUUAAUGCCAUCCCAUAGUACUAUCGUUACCUUCUUCAACAGCAUGUCACGCUCCAGUGCCUUCAUAGAGCAGGAGCGGGGGCAGCCGUACGCCGGCCUCUUCAUGUCUUUGAGGAUGAGCGGUAUCACCGACACCCGACACCUGGACGACAUGCUCCAGAUGAACGUCGUCCCCAGCCAGUGGAUCCUACGCACCCUGACCUUGCACUACCACGCCCUCCAGGGAGGGGGCGAUAUGUCCCUGAUGCAGGACUUCAAGAAGGAUGCCAUCAGACUCGGUUUCAUCAUUGAACUGGAACCUCGCUACCACUGUGAAGUGGUCUCACUGCAUGGAUUUCACUUUGAGCUGAAAGCACAGCGUGUUGGCAAACAGAACUCGUACCAGUUCUAUAUCCAGCGUCUGAAGCCCCGUGACCCCGCCCUCUCCUUCCGCGUCUGUGAGCGUCAGACGUUCUCGCUGCGGCACGAUCGCGAGGUCCUCUAUUCCAUCCGCAUCCAGUGCCGCAUCAAGGGCCAGGAUUAUGCGUUCAACACGGGCAUCCUGGGAAAGCGGUUUGGGAUUGGACCUAAGACCUGUAAGAGUGAGGUCCUCACCCUGGAGGGACUUUGCUUACCCCUCUAUGUCACCUACUCUAUUCUCUUCCCACCAUCCUAAAGAGAGAGUUUAUUAUCCUAAAACAACAUGCUCUGGAGGUCAAAUGUUAUGGAAAGCCAAAGUCUUAUUCAUAUAUUGGACUUUAACAUUCUGAAACUAUAUGCUAUAGAUGUCAAAUGUUAUGGAAAGACUUGUUCACAUUUAUGCAUUGAAGUUUAUUGUCUUGAAACAACAUGCUCUGGAGGUCAAAUAUUAUGGAAAGCCAAAUAUUUAUUCACAUAUUGGACUUCAUCAUCUUGAAACAACAUGCUCUGGAGGUCAAAUAUUAUGGAAAGCCAAAUAUUUAUUCACAUAUUGGACUUCAUCAUCUUGAAACAACAUGCUCUGUAGGUCAAGCUUAUGGAAAGCCAAAGUCUUAUUCACAUAUUGGACUUUAUCAUCUUGAAAGAACAUGCUCUGGAGGUCAGAUGUUAUGGAAAGCCAGUCUUAUUUACGUAUUGGACUUUCACAUUCUGAAACUAAAUGCUAUAGAGUCAAAUGGUAUGGAAAGCCAACACAGUAGAAGGAUAGAUGGAGAUUUCCCCCCCCCAAAAAAAAAGAAAAUGAUAGUGAAAAUUGAAUAAAGAAAAGAAUAGGAAUUUUGAAUUAAAUAAAGUAAAAAAUGAAUAAAAUGAUAUUAAAAUGAAUAAAAUAAUAGAUAAUAAAUAGUAGGUAGAACAAGUGAUCUACAGAAUUUGGUUCUAAGAAAAUGACUUCUCUGCAAUUAUUGUUUUUGCAUGUAAGAAAAACUUGAAGGCCCAAAGUUUUAUACUUAAACCUAAACAUUUAAAAAUGUAUAAUAAAUCAAUUGAGGUUAUUAUUCGGGGGAAAGGGGGGGGAUUAGUUGACUAAUGGAUUGUAAAUUAAAAUGGCUACUUUAUUUCUCACCAAAUAUACUCACUUGUAUUGGUUUGGUAAUAGACCUACAGAGCACAAGCCGAUAUUAAGUCAUGUAUUUAGACUGGAAUCAGUUUGUUUUCCGUAUUGUCACAAAGAAUGUGAAGAACAUUUAAAAAUGAAUAUCUAGAAAGAAUGUGGACAAAAAUGGAAGUGGAUAACCUCGGACAAACGAAAAAUUAAAAAUGACCAGUCAGAUGUUCUUGUGAAUCAAGUUUAUGCAUUAUUUGUUUUAUUGAUAGUGGACAUGAUAAAGAUAAGAGUUUCAAACAGGCUGAUACAAGUAAAGCUUUACAAGGCAAUCUGAAAUAUUCUUCAUUCUGUUGAUGAUGAUAAAAAUAAUACUAGAAAUUUACAUAUAACUUUAUACAGAUGUUUCUAAGCACAGUUAUAUUUAUCACGAUUAUUAUUAUCAAUGCAUGACGUUUAUCUCGUACAUUCCACCUGUCAAGCUUGUAUUGUGGAAAGCAUUUACAAAUUUAUUACAAAGUAUUAACGCUCAGUAUUUAAUGAGGUGUGUGGUUUUUGUUGAUGUUUACACAGUUAAAGACAUAAUACAAACCCGCCUUUAGCUGUGUACGAAUGCCUGAUGCUAUUUGCAUUGCAUUGAAAUUUCUAUAUAUAUUUUACGAUAUAUUUUGUGAGUUACAAGGUAGAAACAAUUUUAAACCCUGGUGUAGUGGUCCACCUGCACUCCCCCAAUCAGUUAAAUUGGGAGGAGAGACCUGUGGGCCAUAGUGAUUCAGUUUGCUUUUGGCCUUCCAGGUUCAGGUGAUGCCAAAUGAAUAAUAAUAGUAAUAGUGACCAACAGUUUUAUAAAGAAAUGUAGAAAGAUAUGUUUAGUGCAUUAAACAUAAACACAUGUUAAAGACAGCAAUUUUAAGCACUUUUUUUUAUUAUGCACUCAUCAAAGGUUUGAAUUUGAAUCAUUUAGAAUUAGAUUUAAACAAUCCAAUUCACAGUUACACUUAGCAAUUAAAUCAGACAGGGUACAGCUAUUGUCAGACCAAACUUUUAUUUUAUUAUGCCUCUUGUAUUAUUUGUGCACUAUGCUCUUGUAAAAGCACAGUUGAAAGUGUUAGUAUGUUUUCCUGCAGUGUUAAUACAAUCAAUGAAAUAUAACUAUUUUUCAACAUGAAAAAGUUUCAGGAAGAGAUGCCUUAUAAAUACAAAAUUAUGUAUGUUCACAUGAAAUGAUUAUAACUAAUAUAAUGUGACUUUUAGAAAAUUACUUUAAAACUCUUAACUUCACUUAUUUUACAUAGAGCAAGGGAGCAUUAAAACAAACAUAUUGUAUAUUUUCACAGAGCAUAAUAUAUUGAUAUAAAUGCAGGGUAAAGAACAUUAACAACAUUUUUUAAUUGUUCACAUAUGAUAUCAUCCAGGUUUUAAUGUAAAUAUAUAUCAAAUCAACUCUUCAUAGUAUUAUUUUCACUCUUUAUUUAUUUGUAUUAUUUUCAGAUUCCCUCAGUGUUGCUUAGCAAAGACUGCUUAUUUUGUAUAUUCCCAACAAAAUUUAAUUUUAAAGCUUAUAAACAAUACUUAAACAAAAGAAAACUAAAAUCUGUACCCAAUGUAAAUAGAUUAUUAUGCCAUUUUAUUGUUUUUAUUUCUUGCAGCUGAUAUAAACAUACCCUUUUUGCAUUUAGGAAGGGGAAAAUGUACAAAAGAUUUUAAAACCAAAGACAGACUGCUUUGGCAUUUUCUGUAAAUACUUAAAGGUUUUGAUGUUGAUGGAACAGUUUGUAACAAAUAUUUCCACUUUUAUUAUCUAAUUUUAUUUAAUGUUCUAAUAUCUCUUCAUUCUACAGCAAAUAGGUAUUGGUAAAGAACUACUUUAUUUGUCUUCUGAUUUCUGUAACUAAUUUUUCACAAUCAAAUUGUGGUUUGUGGCUGAUUUUUAAUCCUUCUUGUGCAUCCAAUGCAUUGUGUGAAACAUAAUAAAAAGCAACGCAUAAUUAAAUUCUAUGUGUCCAGUUUAAUGUUUUUUCUCUCUGAAAGCUGUUACAAGCCAGGAAUGUAUAAGUAUCAAUAUUGUGACCCCUACGCGUGGCUUUAUGAGCAACUUUAGUGUGAAAUU